AUGUGUAACAAAUGCAGUAACUAUGAAAAAGAGCAGCAGUUGGCUGCACGAGCCACGUACGCGUUACGGGCGCAGGCGCAGAUCAGCCCGAUGGGGGGCGCCGGCGGGCAGCACGCAAGGCUCAGUGGGUCCGGGGCCUGGGCGCUGUUAGCCGUGCUGCUCAGCCUGCGCCUUCAGUGGCCACAUGCCCAUCCCAUCCCGCCGGCUUCAUCCUUGUCAGAAGUAUGUGGCAAGACCCGAUUUUACGGGAAGAUCUUUGGUGGUCAAAGCUCAGCCCCAGAACGGUGGCCGUGGCAGGCUAGUCUACUCUAUCUUGGCAGGCACAUCUGUGGCGCAGCCCUCAUCGACAGAUACUGGGUAGCAUCUGCAGCCCAUUGCUUCCAGAGGUCCAGUAGCCCAUCGGACUACCAGAUCCUGCUAGGUUACAACCAGCUAAGCAACCCCACCAACUACAGUUUGAAGAAGUCAGUGUAUAAGCUCAUUAUGCACCCAGACUAUGACAAGUAUCACCGGCAGGGGAGUGACAUCAUCCUGUUGCAGCUGUACUCGCCUGUGGAGUUUAACUCCCACAUCCUCCCAGCCUGUGUCCCCAGCAACUCCACGAAGCUGUCUGCAAACAGGCCCUGCUGGAUAAGUGGCUGGGGGAUGGUCACCGAAGAUAGAUUCCUGCCUGAGCCCUUACAGCUGCAGGAGGCAGAGGUAAUCCUCAUAGAGAACCAGAACUGCGCAAGCUAUUUCCAGCCUCCCGAUCCCAACAGCUCUGGACACUACACUGUGAAGGACGACGUGGUGUGCGCUUGGAACUUAAGGCAAGGAGUCUCCAUUUGCAGAGGAGACUCUGGGGGUCCCCUCGUCUGCCCCCUCAGUGAUGGCACCUGGUACCUGGUGGGGCUGUCCAGCUGGAGUGUGGCAUGUUACCACCCAAUAGACAGUCCUAGUGUCUUCACCAGAGUUUCCUACUUCUUCGAUUGGAUCCAGGAGAAGAAGCAGACUUCUGGUGAUCCUGCCCCUGGCUCUGAGCCUCAAGAUGAAAACGCCCCUGCUCUGGUGGGCUCUCGCGAACACAACCACAGCACAGGCCUCAAGCCAAGUGUCUGCCUGCUGUCUUUGCAGGUCCUCCUGCUACAGCUGCUUAUGCUUAGGCAUCUGAGAUAG